UCGUCUGGAUCCCAGAAGCCAGUCUCCUUAUUAGAUCUCUCCUUGGGAGAAUGGAUUCCAGGAUGCUGUCAGAGAUACAUUUCUGUAAAAAGCUCUUCACCGCAGCCUUGUGUGUCUUAGUGCUGCUGCCGGAUUCAGGCUGUGCGAGGACUCUCUGGAAGCGUGCUCUACAUCUGAAAAUGACAGAGAAAUACGACGAUUAUGAGUACCCUCUUCAUUCUCACAGUUCCCACUACCAGAAGAACGACCGCUGCCCCCCGCCCCCCCAGACUCUGCCCGAGCGAGCCUGCGAGGUGCCCAGCUGCCGCUCGGACUCUGAGUGCGAGCGGCACAAGCGCUGCUGCUACAACGGCUGCAUCUAUGCCUGCCUGGAGUCCGUGCAGCCACCCCCAGUUUUAGACUGGUUGGUUCAGCCCAAACCCCGCUGGCUGGGAGGAAACGGGUGGCUUUUGGAUGGCCCAGAGGAAGUCUUACAAGCUGAAGCCUGCAGUACCACUGAGGAUGGAGAUGAGCCUCUGCAUUGCCCCACAGGCUAUGAAUGCCACAUCAUCAACCCAGGUAACACAGCUGAAGGAAUCCCCAACCGAGGCCAGUGCAUCAAGCUCCGUGGAAAUCCAGACGGACGCAACCUGAGGCACAAGUAUUACAAGGAGUAUUUUGGGAGCAAUUCCAACAAUGUGGUCGGCUAUGUGAAAAACCAGCAGAAGCAUUUAGGCUAAUCAAAGGUGUGCCUGGGUAAGUGUCCUGUGAAUAAAGGGAAAGGUGGGUGAAAAUAGUUGGUGCUCAGUAUGCAAUUAUUCAAAGAAACUGUUGUUCGAGGGGGAAAUUACCUCAAAACACCAGUGUAAGGGGAGCAGCCUAAAACUAGGUACAGUUGCAUACCUCAGGCUCCAUGAAACACUUACACCAACAAACUCAACGCUGUAAAAACAUCCUGAGA